GGCGAACCAUCUACAUACGUCCACCGACUCUUCGUGAAGUGCUCCAACCACAGGCAUGGGGCAUCAGAUCACGCUUGCAACGUGUUCUCUGAAUCAAUGGGCUCUGGACUUUCAGGGUAACCUUGAGCGCAUCCUCGCAAGUAUCGCGAUUGCGAAGCAGAGGGGCGCCACACUGAGAGUUGGACCUGAGCUCGAGAUACCGGGAUAUGGAUGCCUGGAUCAUUUCUUGGAAGGCGAUACAGUGUUGCACUCGUGGGAGGUUCUUGCCAAGAUCCUCGCCCAUGACGAUGUGAAGGAUAUCGUUUGCGACAUCGGGAUGCCUGUAGUACACAAGAACGUAAUCUAUAACUGCCGGGUUAUCAUCCACAACAAACAGAUCCUCCUCAUCCGGCCGAAGAUGUGGAUGGCGAACGACGGGAAUUAUCGCGAGCUGAGGUACUUCACGCCGUGGCAGAAACAUCGGCAAUGGGAGGACCAUUUCUUGCCGAGGAUCAUUCAGGCAGUGACCAAUCAGGUCAAGGUUCCGUUUGGAGAUUGUGUGGUUAGCACGCAGGAUACGUGUAUUGGAGUUGAGUUAUGUGAGGAGCUGUUCACGCCCGCGAGCCCCCAUAUUCUCAUGGGCCUCGAUGGCGUCGAGAUCUUCACAAAUUCUAGUGGCAGUCACCACGAGUUGCGCAAGCUUCACACCCGUGUUGACCUCAUCAAGGAAGCCACGCAGAAGCUCGGUGGCGUUUACCUCUAUGCCAACCAACAAGGCUGCGACGGCGACCGACUAUACUACGAUGGAUGUGCUAUGAUCGCUAUCAACGGCCACAUCAUUGCUCAAGGCAGUCAAUUUUCUUUGAAUGAUGUUGAAGUCGUCUCUGCCACUAUCGAUAUUGAGGACGUCCGCGCUCACAGGGCGAAGAGCAGCAGAAGCAUGCAGGCUGCGGGAGCGGAGAGGUACCAUCGAAUUGAUGCGCCUAUUGCGCUUUCGAGUGGAAAGUUCAAUGAGAUCGCGGAGUUCAACCAUCCGACUUCGUUUAAGGUCAGGUUCCACACCCCAGAGGAAGAGAUCGCACUUGGACCAGCGUGUUGGCUCUGGGAUUACCUGCGACGCUCACGGACGCAGGGAUAUUUUGUCCCGCUGAGCGGCGGGAUUGAUAGCUGUGCCACCGCCGUCAUUGUCUAUUCGAUGUGUCGGCUGGUCGCUGAAGCUGCGCGUCGAGCAGACAAACAGGUCAUCGAGGAUGCGCGCCGUAUCGUCGGAGAACCAGCGGACUCUGGCUACAUACCCUCAGAUCCGAGAGAGUUUUGCGGUCGUAUAUUCCACACCUGUUACAUGGGCACUGAGAACUCCAGUGCUGAUACACGAGGACGCGCCAAGGAGCUCAGUAAUGCCAUUGGAAGCUACCACAUCGACCUCAACAUGGACACGGUGGUCACCGCAGUUCGCAACCUCUUCGGCUUCGUCACUGGCGUCAAGCCACAGUUCCGCGCUCAUGGCGGCAGCCACGCUGAAAACCUGGCGUUGCAGAAUAUCCAAGCUCGUCUGCGUAUGGUAUUGGCUUAUCUGUUUGCUCAGCUGUUGCCGUGGGUCCGAGGUCGCCAAGGGGGGUUGCUCGUGCUUGGGAGUGCUAAUGUUGAUGAGAGUUUGCGAGGGUAUCUCACGAAGUAUGAUUGCUCUUCGGCGGAUGUGAACCCUAUUGGUGGGAUCAGUAAGACGGACUUGAAGAACUAUAUCGCAUAUGCUCGCGAUGCAUUUGACCUCCCCAUUCUUGAGAGUUUCCUUGACGCCACACCAACAGCCGAGCUUGAACCUAUUACUGAAAAUUAUGUUCAAGCUGACGAGGCUGACAUGGGUAUGACCUACGACGAACUCUCGGUCUUUGGCCGUCUUCGCAAAGUCGAGAAAUGCGGUCCUUACAGCAUGUUCACCAAGCUCGUGCACGAAUGGGGGUCUUUCCUCUCGCCUACUCAGAUUGCGGAGAAGGUCAAGCACUUUUACUUCGAGUAUGCGCGUAACAGGCAUAAAAUGACAACAUUGACGCCAUCCUAUCAUGCGGAAUCGUACAGUCCAGAUGACAACCGAUUCGACCUUCGCCCAUUCUUGUACCCUUCCCGCUUCCCGUGGCAGUUCAAGAAGAUCGAAGAUGUAGCGGCCUUGUUGCCAGAUAGAUCCAACAAGGACGAGAAGACGAAGAAAGAGUAGCCAGAAGACAGGGGAUUCUAGGAAUGAGAAAAGGGAAUUGGAGUUGAUAUACAAUAUAAGUGUAAGUGUGAGAUCAUCACCAUUCGAGCAUCAUGUAAGAGCAUCAAACCCCUAUAUGUAUGAAAGUACACCAACGUUCAGGAGGAACC